AUAAGACAAACUAAAAAUAUUUGUAUGAACUAUUUAAUCGGGAUAAGAAGACUCCAAAACUUGUUUGCUGCCCUAUCUUUAAUCAUGGGUGGGUGAACACACUUUUAUAUACAAUAUAUUGAGGAUAAUUGUCAGGUGAAUUGUCUACUUAACAAGUAUGUACACACAAAAUGGAUCACGAUAGCGGAUGUGUUAAAGAUAUGGGAGAAGAAAUUUGUUUUCUUGGCGAAAAUGAAAAAGGUGUUAGUGGAUUGAGCGAAGAAACGGACAGUGAUAUUCACUUGUGUACAGAUGAUGAAUGCCGACGUAUUACUAUAAAUGUAAGUGGAUUGAAAUUUGAAACCCAAAUAAGAACACUGAAUAGAUACCCAAACACUUUACUUGGGGAUAGAACUAAAAGAUGCAGUUAUUGGGACACAAAAAGAAAUGAAUUUUUCUUUGAUCGCCAUAGAUUGACAUUUCAGUCUAUUCUUUACUUUUAUCAGAGUGGUGGGCGGCUGAAACGACCACCAGAGGUGCCAUCCGAUGUGUUUCUGCAAGAAAUUAAAUUUUAUGAACUCGAUGAAGAAACUGUUGAAGCUUAUAAAGAGAAGGAAGGGUUCCCACCAGAAGAAAAAGAACCACUUUUGCCAUCUGGGAAUUUACCGGCUAAGCUGUGGCUUUUGAUGGAAUAUCCAAAUAGUUCUGUUGGUGCCAAAGUAAUAGUUGUGUUGUCUGUUCUGUUCGUAACAGUUUCCAUAGUAACAUUUUGUGUAGAGACAUUACCAGCGUUUGAAAACUGUGUUUGCAUGAACUCGUCGGUUGAAACAAAGAAUGAAACCGCAUACAUAAACGUGCCCAAUUUCAAACAUCCUCUGUUUGUGAUUGAAGCCUUUUGCAUGACAUGGUUUAUUUUGGAAUUGUUAUUGCGUUUUAUUGUGUGUCCAUCUAAGGUACAAUUUCUAAAAUGCACACUGAACUGGAUUGACCUUGCUGCAAUAUUGCCGUUCAUUUUAUUCAUAAUAUUAUUUUUAAUAACAGAUGAUUGUGGUGCUGCACAGAAUACAGGUGCUAUUUCCGUCAUACGAAUUUUACGUGUUACCCGUAUUUUUAAGCUCGGCAAACAUUCAGUUGGACUGCAACUCUUAGGAAAAACGUUAUCAACAAGUUGGAAGGAACUAUUCAUGCUUACUGUAUUUCUUGGAAUAUGUAUAGUGAUAUUUUCGGGUGCUAUAUAUUAUGCCGAACUAGGAGGCGAAGAUUCACAUUUUGACAGUAUCCCUAGCGCCUUCUGGUGGGCGGUUGUGACACUGACUACAGUUGGAUACGGUGAUAUGUAUCCGCUAACUCCCGCUGGUAAACUUGUUGGUACAUUAGCAGUUUUGUGUGGAAUUUUAGCCCUCUCUUUUCCCGUACCUGUAAUUGUAACAAAUUUCGGCAAAUAUUACAAGAAAUAUUCCAAGAGAACGUUUCGUGAUGAUUAUUAGUAAAAGGCCUAGGAACAGGAACGUAGUUCGAAGUAUAACCAGUUUUAAUAUACUCAGUAAAUAAUUGGAUCAAAAAUCGAGCCCGACCAUAGUUUUUCAUAAUUUUAUAUCGUCUUAUGACUUUUAAAUGACAUUGCAUUAAAAUAUUUUAGUGACCAA